ACAACAUAAUCAAAAUCAUUAAUCCAUAAUCCAACCACUCAAACACCUCCUUGCUUGCUUAGUUAUUGUAAGUAUCUAGGAAACUAAGAAAAUAAUAAACAAAACAACAACAACAAAAAAAAGAUGCAUAUUCUACAACCAUUGAUCUCCAUUAAAAUACCUCCAUCAUUUCUAGCCGUCGAUCAAUUUGCAUUGACUUUUUCUUCUGAUCUUCAGUUCUAUUACAUCUUUAGGUAUAAAUAACAUAGCCUUGUAUCAUUCCUGCAGGCUGCAACAAAAAAAAAUUAUAAUAAGUGUUGGAUCUUGAAUUUACAUUCAUUACAUAAAAUUAUUCAUUUGAAUUCUUGAGAAAAUUAAAGAAACUUGAUAGGCAUGGCAACAGUGCAAGAACAAAGUAGCAGUAGCAGUAACAGCAGAGUCCAGAAAUGGUCUCUUCAUGGGAAGACAGCUCUAGUUACUGGUGGAACCAGAGGUAUCGGGUGUGCAAUAGUGGAGGAACUAGCAGGAUUUGGAGCAAUUGUUCAUACAUGUUCAAGAAACAAGAAAGAGCUUUAUGAGAAGAUACAAGAAUGGCAAGCAAAAGGAUUUAAGGUGACUGGUUCUGUUUGUGAUUUGUCUUCCAAAGAACAGAGAGAAGAGCUCAUUAAGACUGUUUCCUCUGUUUUUGAGGGCAAGCUCAAUAUACUGGUGAAUAAUGCGGCAAUAAGUAUGAUAAAACGAACAGCGGAUAUAAGUGGAGAAGAUUAUUCAAACAUUAUGGGAACCAAUGUGGAGUCCCCUUUCCACAUCACCCAAACUGCUUACCCCCUCUUGAAAGCAUGUGGAAAUGCUAGCAUUGUCUUCAUUUCCUCCCUUGCUGGUUCUGUUGCACUUCCUGCCCUUUCUGUCUAUGGUGCUUCUAAAGGGGCAAUCAACCAGCUUACGAAAUUUUUGGCAUGCGAAUGGGCUAGUGAUGGAAUUCGCGUUAAUACGGUCUCCCCAUUUGCUGUCAAAACCAGCAUUUUGAAACCGGAGGAUAUUGAGCCGUCACUAUUGGAGAAUUAUUCAGAAUUGUUGUGUAGAACACCACUGAAACCAAUAGCAG